GGAGGGAGUGUCCUGUUCCCCCUCCUCUUGGGGCGGCACCGCCCGCCUGGCUGGCCCAGCCCCUGCGUUUGUGCCAAGGAAUGUGCCGGGAGAGGCGGCCGGAGAGGCGGGUGGGGCAGCAGAGCCGCAACCACCCAACCACCGGGAGGCAGCGCACAGGUCAACGUGGAGGUGCCCGGCCACCAUGCUCAGCCUCAAGCUGCCCCAGCUCCUUCGCGUCCACCAGGUUCCCCGGGUGUUCUGGGAAGAUGGCAUCGUGUCUGGCUACCGCCGCCCCACCAGCUCGGCCUUGGACUGUGUCCUCAGCUCCUUCCAGAUGACCAACGAGACGGUCAACAUCUGGACCCACUUCCUGCCCACCUGGUACUUCCUGUGGCGCCUGCUGGCGCUGGCCGGCGGCCCAGGCUUCCGCGCGGAGCCGUACCACUGGCCGCUGCUCGUCUUCCUGCUGCCCGCCUGCCUCUACCCGUUCGCGUCGUGCUGCGCGCACACCUUCAGCUCCAUGUCGGCCCGCGCGCGGCACAUCUGCUACUUUCUGGACUACGGCGCGCUCAGCCUCUACAGCCUGGGCUGCGCCUUCCCCUAUGCCGCCUACUCCAUGCCGGCCUCCUGGCUGCACAGCCGCCUGCACCAGCUCUUUGUGCCCACCGCGGCGCUCAACUCCUUCCUGUGUACCGGCCUCUCCUGCUACUCCCGGUUCCCAGAGCUGGAAAGCCCUGGGCUCAGUAAGGUCCUCCGCACGGCCGCCUUCGCCUACCCCUUCCUGUUCGACAACCUCCCGCUCUUCUACCGGCUCGCGCUGUGCUGGGGCCGGGGCCACAGCUGUGGGCAGGAGGCGCUGAGCCCCAGCCACGGCUAUCACCUCCUGUGCGCACUGCUCACUGGCUUUCUCUUCGCCUCCCACCUGCCGGAGAGGCUGGCGCCUGGACGCUUUGACUACAUCGGCCACAGCCACCAGCUGUUCCACAUCUGUGCGGUGCUGGGCACCCAUUUCCAGCUGGAGGCGGUGCUGGCUGAUAUGGGAUCGCGCCGAGCCUGGCUGGCCGUGCAGGAAGCACCCCUGGGCCUGGCCGGCACAGUGGCCACGCUGGGCGUGGCGGUGGCCGGGAACCUGCUCAUCAUCGGUGCCUUCACAGCCUCCCUGCUUCGGGCCCCUGCCUCCUGCCCCCUGCUGCAGGGGGGCCCGCCGGACGGGGGUACACAGGCCAAGCAACAGUGAGGCUGAGGAGACGGAGGCCGGGCCCCAGGAGUGGGGAGGAGCCCAGGUCUGAGCUGCAGCCAGAGCGGCCGAGGAGAG